CCAUGGCCCGGACGCCUCUCCUCCUGGCGCUGCUGUCCCUCUGCACAGGUUCCCUCUCGCAGCCGGUGCUGACCCAGCCGCCCUCGCUCGCCGCGGCUCCUGGGGCAACGGCCAGACUCACCUGCGCCCUGAGAAGUGGGCUCAGCGUUGGCAGCUAUGGCAUAUUCUGGCAACAGCAGCUGCCAGGGCGCCCUCCCCGGUACCUACUGUCCUACAAGUCAGACUCGGAAAAGCACCAGGGCGCCGGGGUCCCCAGCCGCUUCUCUGGGGCCAGCGACACGUCGGCCAACGCAGGGGUCCUGGUCAUCUCGGGGCCGCAGCCCGAGGACGAGGCUGACUACUACUGUGCCACAUGGGACGGACUCUCCGCAUCUUCACAGUGCUGCGGCCCCGGGGGGAAUCCCCAGGAAUCACACCCGCAGGAGGAACAGCCAGUCUCCCGGGAGCUGCAGGGCCGCAGCCUCCCACGGCGUCGGUGCGCGGGCGCGAGAGCCCUGCACCGGCAGGGGGCGCUGCCGGGCCGCCCCCGUCUGCACGAGGCCCUGGCGCAGACCCACGCUGACCCCGUCCCGCUGAGCGGCCCUGACCGCCGCCAGGGCUGUGAGGGCGCCUCCGCGUCCGGCGCCCCGGGCCUGCGGGGAGGCGGGGCCAGGAACUGGUCUCUGCAGUGCCGCUGUGUGGAGCCCGGGGAGCCUGAGGGGCUGCGGCAGUCUGGGGACAUGCUGGCCCUGGCCGCCGCCCCGGGGCCCCCGUUUUUUGACUCCUUUGGGUAA